AUGGGUUUCCGUGGAUUCCUCAGCCGCAUUCCUAAAACCCUAAUCCCUUCACUUCACAGCUCCAAAAAACCCAUAAAAAAUGGACCCCAAAUCCACAAAUUAAUCUCCUUUUUUCGAAUUUCUACUGGUAAUAGCAGUACUACUACUUCUUUACCCUUAAACAGAUCAAUUCAUUACGAUUCAGUGAAGAACACCCAUCUCAAUUCCAAUCCCAAUCCCCAAAACCCAGAAAUUAUCCAGGAAGCUGAAAGAAUCUGCAAAAUCUUACUGAAAAACACCGAUGUUGCUGAUGCUUUGAGUUCCGCUUCAGUAAAUGUGAGUCCUUUAUUAGUUAACGAAGUUAUAAAGAAGCUCAGCAAUUCUGGGAUUUUAGCUUUAUCUUUCUUCCGUUGGGCUGAGAAGCAGAACGGGUUUGUUCAUACUGCUGAAAGUUAUCAUGGUUUGAUUGAAGCUCUAGGAAAGAUUAAGCAAUUUAAGAUGGUUUGGAUUUUGGUCAAUGAAUUGAAAAACAAAGGGUUAUUGUGUAAAGAAGCAUUUGCACUCGUUUCUCGGAGAUUUGCUCGUGCGAGGAAGGUAAAAGAAGCUAUUGAGGCGUUUGAGAAGAUGGAGAAGUAUGGAUUGAUACAUGAAUUGCAAGAUUUUAAUAGAUUGUUUGAUACAUUGAGUAAGUCUAGGCAUGUUGGGAAUGCACAAGAGGUGUUUGAUAAAUGGAAGAAUAGGAAGUUUACGCCUAAUAUUAAGUCGUAUACAAUAUUGUUAGAAGGAUGGGGUCAAGAAAAGAAUUUGUUGAGGUUAAAUGAAGUUUAUCGCGAGAUGAUGGCUGAUGGUAUUGAGCCUGAUGUUGUUAGCUAUGGGAUCAUGAUCCAUGCUCAUUGCAAGGUUAAGAAGUAUGAUGAGGCGAUUGAGUUGUUACACGAAAUGGAAAGGAAGAAGAUUAAGGUGACGCCUCAUGUGUAUUGCACGUUGAUAAAUGGUUUGGGGUCGGAGAAAAGGUUGGUUCUAGCUCUUAAGUAUUUCGAGUUGUAUAAGGGUAGUGGUUUUGAUCUUGAGGUGUACACGUUUAACGCGAUGGUGGGAGCUUAUUGCUGGUCUUUGUGUAUGGACGAUGCGUAUAAGUUAGUUGAUGAGAUGAGGAGAUGUAAGAUUGGUCCAAAUACCCGAACUUAUGAUAUCAUUCUUCACCAUCUUAUAAAGGCAAGAAGAAUGAGUGAAGCUUAUACGAUGUUUCAGAAAAUGAGCAAUGAUCCUGGCUGUGAACCGACUGUGAGCACAUACGAGAUAAUGGUAAGGAUGUUCUGCAACGAGGACCGAACAGAUAUGGCUCUAAAGGUCUGGGAUAAGAUGAAAGCUAACGGAGUUCUUCCUGGAAUGCAUUCGUUUUCCACGUUGAUUAACAGCUUUUGUCGUGAGAAUAAAUUGGAUGAUGCCUGCAGAUACUUUCAAGAAAUGCUUGAUAUGGGCAUGAGACCUCCAAUUCCAUUGUUCGAUAACCUAAAACGUGCACUUCUUGACGAGGGAAAAGAGGAUACUGUUAAAGCUUUGUGGAGGAAACUUGAGAAACUAAGGAAAAGUUCUUUAGUUGGAUAAAGACAAG